AGAGGUUUGGCAACGUCGCGCACAUCAAAACCGUCGGCGACAAGCACGGGCCUCAAGACUCAACAUGUCCGUCCAGCACAAGAUCCUCCGCACGGCAAAUGCUCCUACCACUCCUCCUGAUGAGACCGAAACUGCCGUCGCGCAGGCCUUGGUUGACCUCGAAAACAACGUCCCAGAGCUCAAGGCUGAGCUCCGCCCCCUCCAAAUCUCUGCUGCUCGCGAGGUCGAUGUCCGUGGUGGCAAGAAGGCUAUCGUCAUCUUUGUUCCCGUUCCUCAGCUCAAGGCUUUCCAUAAGGUUCAACAGAGGUUAACCAGGGAGCUCGAGAAGAAGUUCUCAGACCGCCAUGUUGUUUUUAUUGCUCAGCGCCGGAUGCUGCGCAAGCCCACCCGUACCUCUCGCGUUAGGCAGAAGCGUCCCCGCAGCCGUACCCUCACGAGCGUCCACGAGAAGAUUCUGGAGGAUCUCGUCUUUCCUACUGAGAUUGUGGGCAAGAGGACGCGUGUUGCCGUCGAUGGUUCACGGCUCCUGAAAGUCUUCCUUGACUCGAAGGAUUCUACAUCACUCGAAUACAAGCUCGACUCCUUCUCGUCUGUCUACCGCCGGCUGACGGGAAAAGAUGUGGUCUUCGAGUUCCCUGUCCAGGCGCAGGAAUAAGCGCCUCACUGUACCUUCUGCUGCUAGGGAUGGUCAUGUUAUACUGUUUUAUUACCUCUGCACCCACGAAAAUCAUGCGCACGCAUUCGCUUACGGCACUGUACUCAGGGUUCUGCCUAUUACGUGCUUUGGCCGUGGAAAGCUGUGGUGAUUGUACUUCGACCGUAGACGGGAUGUUCCAAGUGAUUAAGAUGCCC